AUGCAGUGGCGGAAAUUGGCGCGCUCGAAGAUCACAUCCGGCCGGUCACGCACGCGCAACAUGCUCUGCUGUGGCCGCAGGAAGGAUAAUGGGCGCGAGGCUUUGGAUCUCACGGCGUCACCUCUGCGAGCGCCGCCGGCUCCCAACGCAAGGACAGCUCACCCGCCGCCCAUGGUCAUCCAGGGAGACUUCAGAAAGGUCUCGGGCAUCAGCAGUGAAAUCUUCAAGCAGAUAGAAACCGUAGAAAAUGACCACGAUGCUUCGACCGCCGCCGCGUUGGAGCACGUGGAGAGGAGGGGUGAGAUGAUAGUUAGGAUCCUGGACUCCAGGCAUCUGGGACGGACAGCAGGUGAAGCGGCCAAGCGCUUCAUGUCCAUGCAAGAUGCCAAGCACACGGUCCAGUUCGUGGAGAUAGUGAAGAGGCCCGGCCAAACUCUUGGCUUGUACAUAAGGGAAGGGAACGGCAUUGACAGGAACGACGGCGUUUUUAUAUCCAGGAUUGCUUUGGAAUCCGCCGUGUACAACAGCGGAUGCCUCAAGGUCGGAGACGAAAUUUUAGCUGUUAAUCUGGUGGACGUGACGCGGAUGAGCCUCGACGAUGUGGUCAUCAUCAUGUCGAUACCAAGGCGGCUAGUGUUGGCCACCAGACAGCGGAAGGGUAGCAAGGGUGGACAAGGCUCUCCCAACGUGCAGCCCCGAGCCGAACACAAACCCCCUCCCGUCGUUGUUAUAAAGAGGGACCUGCGAGAAGACGAGACAGAUGAAGGCGAUCUAGGCGGAGACCACAGGGAAUCAAUGAGACAGAGGCACACCGGCGACGGCCGAGAAAUGAGCGAGUCCCGGUCUCGAUUAGGCCUGGGCCUAUCCUCGCUGGACUCUCGUCAUUCAGCUGGCCAGCAGGCGGACACGAACGGCCUGGAUCUGUAUUACAACAGCCGUCCUCCCGACACCAACUGGGGCUACCAACCCCCGCCCCCCGUCAUCACCGAACAGCCCAAGUCCAGCAUGCAGCACUUUCAGCCCUACGAGCGCAGCUACCCGAACACGCUGGAGAGCCUCGCCGAGAAGGUGCACUCGUUUGGGAUGAGCAGGAGGAUGUCCGCCGGGGGGCAACCCCUCACGUCAAGAAUAUCCUCCCAGCAGAGCCCAUCGUCGUCGCACUACUACGUUCAGCACACCGGCACGGGCAGUCGGCGCAUAAUGCCCCGUUCCGGUUCCGACCAGCACCUUCCGCAGACCGAGUACUCCGACUACACCAGCAUCACCCAGGCCGGCCGCCACAGCCUGCUCCGCAGCAGUCUCAAGUCCGGAUCGACGCUGAGCCGCUACAAUCAGCGCUUCGUGGACCAAGCUGCGGUGGCCGCACAGCUCGCACAGUCCAAGUACGGCACGUCCGGCGCCCAGUAUGGGACCUCCUCCGCGAUGAGGAGGACCCGUGGUAGCCUGGACUACUCCAGCGACACGGAGGCCACGUCAGGGUCGAGGAGUGGGUACUAUUAUUAUAGAAAUCAGGGUGCAGCAGCCGUUCCUCAUAGCACAAUACCAACUUUAGGCAGACAAAAUUCUCUUACCUCGACCGACAUCACCACAAAGUUCAACUCGCUUCCAAGGGAUGCUCGGGGAUCCACAAGAUUGGCAAUGAAUAAAAGAUUCGGAGAUAGGAGCGUAUCCCUUUUGCAAGAUGAAUCAGACGGGGCCCUCUCCGCACCUGAAAUGCCUUCGAUACGGAGAGACCGCGGGAGGAUACCCUCGUCACCUAGUGUGUUCUCUUCAGAUGAGUACAGGCAGUGGCUGAGCCGUACCCCAUCUACCUCCGCCAUCUACGAGCAGAUUCGAGCGUCCAGAGACGUACUUAAUCAGCAGAGGGCGGCCAGGUUUACCUACAGCGCCGAGAAUAUCCACGAUGCACUGAAAAAUAUGGAAAGUGGUUUAUACAGUGGUUAUGGCCGACCAGGGACGACAACGACGUUGGACAGGCAUUUUACCAGAUCUCAACAACCUAGCAUUCCUGCUAGAUCAUUAUCAACGCAACAUAUCACGUCAUCAUCAACGGGACUGAGUAGCUCCCGAUCCCCAUCGAUGCGUCGAAUGAGGCAACUCCUCGAUUUGGAUUCUGUGAGGGCCGGGGCUGCACCAAGUCCAGUGCCCACUCCUAGUGGUACUCUGCCAAGGGGACAGAGGCAGCUCGACAUAAAUCCGGCGGAAUUUUUGAAGUACAAGAUCGACAAGCCUGGAAUGGUAGGGGGCACUUCCAUCACAGGUCUCUCAUCUUUAGCCGCAGGAACUGGCGCGAUGAUGUCAGCCAGCGACGAACCUGUGAGCGGUAUGCUCUGGGUGCACCUCCUCGCUGGAAGAGGACUACGGGCGUCCACAGGUACUUCCGCUGCCACUACCCCAGUAACGCCAAGCGGAGCUUCACCAAGUAUUAGCGGAUCAACUGGUUUGAGAGACCUAUAUUGUGUAUUGGAAUGCGACAGAGUGCACAAAGCCAGAACAGUGGUAAGAACCGGCGAUUUGGUGUUCGACUGGGACGAAAGUUUCGAGUUAGACUUGGUCAACAACAGGGAGUUGGAUCUGCUAAUUUACUCGUGGGAUCCACAAUACAGACAUAAAUUGUGCUACAAGGGAUCCGUCUAUUUACCCACCCUGCUCAAGUCUGGUCCAAUACAUCAACUGGCGCUUAAAAUUGAACCCAGAGGCACACUUUAUUUGAGACUGAGACAUAACGAUUCGCAAACUCUUUAUAAAAGAAGACCUCUUUCAACGCUGACGUUAUCCAGAACUACACCUCUAUUCGGUGUCGAUCUGGAAGCUGUGGUAAAUCGAGAAAGUAAGACUGGUGGAGUUCCUGGAGGGGUCGCGACAGGCUUAGUUUCUAGUGCCCAACACAAUAUUCCAAUUAUUGUUAAAAGGUGCGUCGAGGAAGUCGAAAGAAGAGGACUGGAUAUUAUAGGACUAUAUCGUUUGUGCGGCUCCGCUACGAAGAAACGUAUCUUGAGAGAGGCAUUCGAAAGAAAUAGCAGAUCCGUGGACUUGAGUCCGGACAACGUGCCGGACAUUAAUGUUAUCACGGGUGUCCUGAAGGAUUAUUUGAGAGAGCUGCCAGAGCCCCUAUUCACCAAAUGUUUGUACCAAAUGAUGGUAGAUGCCUUAGGCGUCUGUUUACCCGACGAUCCAGAGGGUAACGCUAAACUUAUGUUCUCCAUAUUGGAUUGCCUACCUAGGAUAAAUAGGGCCACCUUAAUAUUCCUCAUGGAUCAUCUGGCCCUUGUGGUGUCUGCAUCAGACAGAAACAAGAUGUCAGCUCAGAAUCUGGCCACGGCCCUCGCGCCGCCCCUCAUGCUUCACUCCAACGAGUCCAUGACACCGACGGCAGCCGCUAAGCCCCAUCACGAACUGGACUACCAACAGCCCAUCAGCGUCUUGAAGUACCUUCUGCAGAUAUGGCCUACUCCCAAGCAUCACUCAGGUCGUCGCGGCAGGCCACCCGGGCCGCGUGGAGACAGUCGCAGUGCGUCUCAUCCGGGUCUGCAGGGGGCGCCGCGCGAGCCGUCUCGGCUCUCAGCGGCUCCGUUUCCUCCUCCUCCUCGCUCAGCAGUCUCGGGCCCGCGAGGCCCACAGCCACAGGGCCCAUCACACCAGAUACUCGGCCAAUCAUCAGCAAGCAAAGGUCCCUACCGGCCGCUGUCUCCUCGGGUAGGACCUCCAGCGGCAUCCUCGUCGGGAGGGGGCCUCAGACCGCGCCAGGUGAUAGUCUCUUCUCCAGGCUCUCCAAGCAGCAGUAGCGAUUCCCAGUCCGGUUCCGAAUCCGUUAAACACUGCCUGCCCAACCGCGUCAGUUCCCCCGCGAUCCGCGCAUCUCCCUCCUCACAAGCUGUGAUGAGGUCCUCCCCCUCGGUUACUAUCAACUCCCCGGGUAUUAGACACUCUCCUUCCAUAACCAGCACCACCUCAGGUAAUUCUCCAGGUCCGAGAAAUUCGCCGUCGAUAACCAGCUUGAGCCGAGCUUCUCCGUCGGUUCUGGGCCAGGUUUCCAGGUCCAGUUCUCCAGCCAUGCAGGCUAGCUCUGCAGGAUUGAACGUCACUCUCGGAAGCACAACCCCAUCCUUUUCGACUCUAUCAACCCUGCAGGGCACGAGUAACAAUACAACCUCUACUAAUCACUAUGGGCCAAAUUACUCGCAACCGGCUAGCUAUUCUCAGCCGACUUACGCUAGCACCAAUCCGUUUCUAACUGGAGCUUACAUGAGUUAUACUCCUGGAGACAUGAGUUACAGCGAUAAAUUUAACACGAUCGGAUCGACUAAAGAAGUCAAGUCAUUUUUCGACUCUUAUUCAAGCGACACUUCUAAAUAUUCGACGUUGAAUUCGAAGACCAGCAGCUACGAUUCUGAAUCUAUCUUCACGACAUCCGACAGCAAGUACAACACGAUCGGAAGCAAAUAUCCGGAGAAAACUAGCUACCUAAGUACGACAUAUUCGUCUGAUCUGAAGUACAGUCCUGGAAAGAACGACGCUUUCGACGUCAGUCCAAAUGUUACACAGUCCACUAGCUCUACUUCUGGCUUAUUAAACGUUGAGGAUACUCCGACGCCCACCAGCAGCAUCGAGACGGAAGACAGCAACACCAGGGAGGUAGGAGAGAAAGAUGUGGAAGGCGACGGAGAACAGAGCGACUGAAUUUUUGCGGUUUGGGCCCAAUAAUAAUCCACUUUUUAUUGUGGCAGCACAAUUAAAAGACAACAUUAGGGUAUAUUACAUUAGGAAUCACCCAUCAUCGAUGUAUGUACCAUUC